AUGUUGAAUAUUUCCGAUGAUAACAUACUACUAAACAUUGGUGUAGGCAGUGCUUUUGUGCACUAUGAGAAUGGCAAAAUUGUACACGAGUGGCAAGGACAACUUCGCACUCACAAUAGCAUCUUCCAGGCGGAAGUACUUGGAAUUACGGCAGCAGUGCAACAUCUCAUAGAUUGCCAGAUACCACGAACAAAUAUCUAUACCGAUAGCCUUUCAACUUUAGUUGCACUUGAGAACCAUCAUCAUGUCUCACCUCUCAUACUCAGUCUCCAACAUCUCCUUAUGCAACAUCCUCAUUACCAUCUCAAUCUAGUCUGGGUUAAAGCCCAUGCGAAUAAUGAGGGCAACGAGGCUGCUGACACGUUGGCCAAAGAUGCAAUUUCCAACCCGACAGCCCAACCCAUCACCGUACUUGCGCCCUGCUCUUAUCUAAAGGGCCUCCUACGAGAGCAAGGAAUGCACCAAUGGCAACAUAGUCUAAGGCGCAAAGCAGUUGCGGCAUUUCGUCUGUCUACAGAAUAUGAUUGCAUUCUCACCUACCUGCUACAUAGAGGCAUUUCAAGAGAUCCUCUUCGCCCACUUUGUCAUUCUGGAGAAGAAAUGGACAGAGACCACUUGCUUCGAUGUUGGGCUCUUCGUGGUCUUACAGAAGACUCGAGAUACUGGGAGUCACGAAUGCUCUUUAGGCAAUGA